GUGUUUUCUCAGCAAACCUGUGGAGCAUGGGCCUGACCCUGCUGCUGCCCUUGCUGCUGCUGCCAGCACCCCUGGAGGCUGGUAGCUCAGCAGGAUCCAACUCUAAGCACAGGUUUGGGGUCCAGCAACCUGAGCACCUCUCAGCCCCUGAGGGUGGCUCCAUUCACAUCCCCUUCUCCUUCUAUUACUCUUGGAAACCUGCCAAAGUUCCUGAUUUGAGGCUUUUCUGGAGAUGGAAGCACUUCCAUGGAAAGUUCAUCUAUAACACAAGUCUGUUGUUCAUCCACGAGGAUUUCAAGAACCGGCUGGUCCUGAACUGGGCAGCAGGCAGUAGUAAUGGCUCCCUCCAGAUCUUGAAACUUCGGAAGGAGGAUCAGUCUACCUACUUCUGCAGGGUCCAGAUGAACACAAUGAAACAUGGCAAGAAGAUGUGGCAGUCCAUCCUGGGGACCAGACUCAGCAUCAUCCCAGCUAGUGAAACUGCCACCCUGGGCCCUGCCACUAUUGCGGCCACCACCACAUAUGGACUCGAUGAUGGCAACAAGAGGCCUCAGAUUCUGAGUCUGGAAGCUGUGGUGGGAGCAGCACUGGCUGGCACUGUGCUCAUAACUGUGAUUCUGGGACUGACUGUCUACUUCUGGUGGAAGAGAAACAAAGGUGUGCGCGCUGGCGUCAGGACCCCGGCCAGGGGACCCUUCCAGAACAGUGAGGAGGAAUACGAGAACACUGGGUAUAAAGGGCAACGUACAGACCUCAGGCUGGACCCCAAGGAUGACGGAAUCGUCUAUGCAUCCCUUGCCCUCUCUGGUUCAACCUCACCAGCAACACCUCCCAACUGGAGCCCUCAGGAGGUGACCCUAUACUCCACCUUAAAGGCCUAAGGAGUGAGACUGAAUGACCUCCCUGGAGUAUGCAGCACACAAGGAUCAUGGCUUCUGGCAACCCUGGCCAGACACACAGGACUCAGAAGCCAGCAGGAGCUGAAGGCCAUUAAGGACCAGAGAGAAACACCAUCUGCUCUAAUUCUCUCUUCAACUUCCUAUUGUCACCCAUAAAAAUGAAAGUACCCAAGAAUUUAUCUCAAUAUACCCAACAGAAAACUGAUGUCACCUUCAACUUCUGUCCUUCUAGCCAACAGUGAACUUGAGGAAGAUAUUCUCCUUCAGUACCUUUGUUCUGUGACCAUUA